GAGGGAGGAGCCGCCGCCGCCGAGCGCUGGGCUCAGGAGCAGAAAGAGCGGGGCGCGGAGUGCGGGCGGCUGGGAGCGCGCUGAGCGGGGGAGAGGCGCUGCCGCACGGCCGGCCACAGGACCACCUCCCCGGAGAAUAGGGCCUCUUUAUGGCAUGUGGCUGGUAACUUUCCUCCUGCUCCUGGACUCUUUACACAAAGCUCGCCCUGAAGAUGUCGGCACCAGCCUCUACUUUGUAAAUGACUCCUUGCAGCAGGUGACCUUUUCCAGCUCCGUGGGGGUGGUGGUGCCCUGCCCGGCUGCGGGCUCCCCCAGCGCAGCCCUUCGAUGGUACCUGGCCACGGGGGACGACAUCUACGACGUGCCACACAUCCGGCACGUUCACGCCAACGGGACGCUGCAGCUCUACCCCUUCUCCCCCUCCGCCUUCAAUAGCUUUAUCCACGACAAUGACUACUUCUGCACCGCGGAGAAUGCAGCCGGCAAGAUCCGGAGCCCCAACAUCCGCGUCAAAGCAGUUUUCAGGGAACCCUACACCGUCCGGGUGGAGGAUCAAAGGUCAAUGCGUGGAAACGUGGCCGUCUUCAAGUGCCUCAUCCCCUCCUCAGUGCAGGAAUAUGUUAGCGUUGUGUCCUGGGAGAAGGACACGGUCUCCAUCAUCCCAGAAAACAGGUUUUUUAUUACUCACCAUGGCGGGCUGUACAUCUCUGACGUGCAGAAAGAGGACGCCCUCUCCACCUACCGCUGCAUCACCAAGCACAAAUAUAGCGGGGAGACCCGGCAGAGCAAUGGGGCCCGCCUCUCUGUGACAGACCCUGCCGAGUCGAUCCCCACCAUCCUGGACGGCUUCCAUUCCCAGGAAGUGUGGGCCGGUCACACCGUGGAGCUGCCCUGCACGGCCUCCGGCUACCCCAUCCCUGCCAUCCGCUGGCUCAAGGACGGCCGCCCCCUCCCGGCCGACAGCCGCUGGACCAAACGCAUCACAGGGUUGACCAUCAGUGACCUGCGGACUGAGGACAGCGGCACCUACAUUUGUGAGGUCACCAACACCUUUGGCUCAGCAGAGGCCACAGGCACCCUCACAGUCAUUGACCCCCUUCACGUGACCCUGACACCAAAGAAGCUGAAGACCGGCAUUGGCAGCACGGUCAUCCUGUCCUGUGCCCUGCUGGGCUCCCCGGAGUUCACCAUCCGCUGGUACCGCAACACUGAGCUGGUGCUGCCCGACGAGGCCGUCUCCAUCCGCGGGCUCAGCAACGAGACCCUGCUCAUCACCUCGGCCCAGAAGAGCCACUCUGGGGCCUACCAGUGCUUCGCCACCCGCAAGGCCCAGACCGCGCAGGACUUCGCCAUCAUUGUGCUGGAGGAUGGCACGCCCCGCAUUGUCUCGUCCUUCAGCGAGAAGGUGGUCAACCCCGGGGAGCAGUUCUCGCUGAUGUGUGCGGCCAAGGGCGCCCCGCCCCCCACCGUCACCUGGGCCCUGGACGACGAGCCCAUCGUGCGGGACGGGAGCCACCGCACCAACCAGCACACCAUGUCCGACGGCACCACCAUCAGCCACAUGAACGUCACGGGCCCCCAGAUCCGCGACGGGGGCGUGUACCGGUGCACGGCGCGGAACUCGGUGGGCAGUGCUGAAUAUCAGGCGCGAAUAAACGUAAGAGGCCCCCCCAGCAUCCGGGCGAUGAAGAACAUCACAGCUGUCGCCGGGCGGGACACCCUUAUCAACUGCAGGGUCAUCGGCUACCCCUACUACUCCAUCAAGUGGUAUAAGGACGCCCUACUGCUGCCCGACAACCACCGCCAGGUGGUGUUCGAGAACGGGACCCUGAAGCUGACCGAUGUUCAGAAGGGCAUGGACGAGGGCGAGUACCUGUGCAGCGUUCUCAUCCAGCCCCAGCUGUCCAUCAGCCAGAGUGUCCACGUGGCCGUCAAAGUGCCCCCUCUGAUCCAGCCCUUUGAGUUCCCACCUGCCUCCAUCGGCCAGCUGCUCUACAUCCCCUGCGUGGUAUCCUCGGGGGACAUGCCCAUCCGUAUCACCUGGAGGAAGGAUGGACAGGUGAUCAUCUCAGGCUCGGGCGUGACCAUCGAGAGCAAGGAAUUCAUGAGCUCCCUGCAGAUCUCCAGCGUCUCCCUCAAGCACAACGGCAACUACACGUGCAUCGCCAGCAAUGCGGCGGCCACCGUGAGCCGGGAGCGCCAGCUCAUCGUGCGUGUGCCCCCUCGAUUUGUGGUGCAGCCGAACAACCAGGACGGCAUCUAUGGCAAAGCUGGUGUGCUCAACUGCUCAGUGGAUGGCUACCCCCCGCCCAAGGUCAUGUGGAAGCAUGCCAAGGGGAGCGGGAGCCCGCAGCAGUACCACCCGGUGCCCCUCACCGGCCGCACCCAGAUCCUGGCCAACAGCUCGCUGCUGAUCCGCCACGUCCUGGAAGAGGACAUGGGCUACUACCUCUGCCAGGCCAGCAACGGCGUGGGCACCGACAUCAGCAAAUCCAUGUUCCUCACCGUCAAGAUCCCGGCCAUGAUCACCUCCCACCCCAACACCACCAUCGCCAUCAAGGGUCACGCCAAGGAGCUCAACUGCACAGCCAGGGGUGAGCGGCCCAUCAUCAUCCGCUGGGAGAAGGGGGACACGGUCAUCGACCCCGACCGAGUCAUGAGGUACGCCAUCGCCACCAAGGACAACGGCGACGAGGUUGUCUCCACGCUGAAGCUCAAGCCAGCUGACCGUGGGGACUCUGUGUUCUUCAGCUGCCAUGCCAUCAACUCAUAUGGGGAGGACCGAGGCUUGAUCCAACUCACUGUGCAAGAACCCCCUGACCCCCCAGAGCUGGAGAUCCGGGAGGUGAAGGCCCGGAGCAUGAACCUGCGCUGGACCCAGCGAUUCGACGGGAAUAGCAUCAUCACGGGCUUCGAUAUUGAAUACAAGAACAAAUCAGAUUCCUGGGACUUCAAGCAGUCCACACGCAACAUCUCCCCCACCAUCAACCAGGCCAACAUCGUGGACUUGCACCCAGCCUCUGUGUACAGCAUCCGCAUGUACUCCUUCAACAAGAUCGGCCGCAGCGAGCCGAGCAAAGAGCUCACCAUUAGCACCGAGGAGGCCGCUCCUGAUGGGCCCCCCAUGGAUGUCACCUUGCAGCCAGUGACCUCACAGAGUAUCCAAGUGACCUGGAAGGCGCCCAAGAAGGAGCUGCAGAAUGGCGUCAUACGGGGCUACCAGAUCGGCUACAGAGAGAACAGCCCUGGCAGCAAUGGGCAGUAUAGCAUCGUGGAGAUGAAGGCCACCGGGGACAGCGAGGUCUACACCCUGGACAACCUCAAGAAGUUUGCCCAGUACGGGGUGGUGGUCCAAGCCUUCAAUCGGGCUGGCACAGGGCCCUCGUCCAGCGAGAUCAAUGCCACCACGCUGGAGGAUGUGCCCAGCCAGCCCCCCGAGAACGUCCGGGCCCUGUCCAUCACCUCAGAUGUGGCGGUCAUCUCCUGGUCGGAGCCCCCACGCAGCACUCUCAAUGGCGUCCUCAAAGGCUAUCGUGUCAUCUUCUGGUCCCUCUACGUGGAUGGGGAGUGGGGCGAGAUGCAGAACAUCACGACGACGCGGGAGCGGGUGGAGCUGCGGGGCAUGGAGAAGUUCACCAACUACAGCGUGCAGGUGCUGGCCUACACCCAAGCCGGGGACGGCGUGCGCAGCAGCGUGCUCUAUAUCCAGACCAAGGAGGAUGUUCCAGGUCCCCCUGCAGGCAUCAAAGCUGUCCCUUCGUCUGCCAGCAGUGUGGUUGUCUCUUGGCUCCCCCCAGCCAAGCCCAAUGGGGUGAUCCGCAAGUACACCAUCUUCUGCUCCAGCCCUGGGUCCGGCCAGCCGGCUCCGAGCGAGUAUGAGACGAGUCCAGAGCAGCUCUUCUACCGGAUCGCCCACCUAAACCGUGGGCAACAGUACCUGCUGUGGGUGGCCGCCGUCACCUCUGCCGGCCGGGGCAACAGCAGCGAGAAGGUCACCAUUGAGCCUGCGGGCAAGGCCCCAGCGAAGAUCAUCUCAUUCGGAGGCACCGUGACAACACCCUGGAUGAAAGACGUCCGGCUGCCCUGCAAUUCAGUGGGAGAUCCAGCCCCUGCUGUGAAGUGGACCAAGGACAGUGAAGACUCGGCCAUCCCUGUGUCCGUGGACGGGCACCGGCUCAUCCAUACCAACGGCACACUGCUGCUGCGUGCUGUGAAGGCUGAGGACUCAGGCUACUACACCUGCACGGCCACCAACACUGGAGGCUUCGACACUAUCAUCGUCAACCUUCUGGUGCAAGUUCCCCCGGACCAGCCCCGCCUCACUGUCUCUAAAACCUCCGCUUCAUCCAUCACCCUGACCUGGAUUCCAGGUGACAAUGGGGGCAGCUCCAUCCGAGGCUUCGUGCUGCAGUACUCGGUGGACAACAGCGAAGAGUGGAAGGAUGUGUUCAUCAGCUCAGGGGAGCGGUCCUUCAAGUUGGACAGCCUCAAGUGUGGCACGUGGUACAAGGUGAAGCUGGCAGCCAAGAACAGCGUGGGCUCCGGGCGCAUCAGCGAGAUCAUCGAGGCAAAGACCCACGGGCGGGAGCCCUCCUUCAGCAAAGACCAGCACCUGUUCACCCACAUCAACUCCACGCAUGCUCGGCUUAACCUGCAGGGCUGGAACAACGGGGGCUGCCCUAUCACAGCCAUCGUCCUGGAGUACCGGCCCAAGGGCACCUGGGCCUGGCAGGGGCUGCGGGCCAACAGCUCCGGGGAGGUGUUUCUGACCGAGCUGCGCGAGGCCACGUGGUACGAGCUGCGCAUGCGGGCCUGCAACAGCGCCGGCUGCGGCAACGAGACUGCCCAGUUCGCCACCCUGGACUACGACGGGAGUACCAUCCCUCCCAUCAAGUCUGCUCAAGGUGAGGGGGAUGAUGUGAAGAAGCUGUUCACCAUUGGCUGCCCGGUCAUCCUGGCCACUCUCGGGGUGGCGCUGCUCUUCAUCGUUCGCAAGAAGAGGAAGGAGAAGCGGCUGAAGCGGCUCCGAGAUGCAAAGAGCUUGGCAGAAAUGUUGAUAAGCAAGAACAACCGAAGUUUUGACACCCCUGUGAAGGGGCCUCCCCAAGGCCCGCGGCUACACAUUGACAUCCCCAGGGUCCAGCUGCUCAUCGAGGACAAGGAGGGCAUCAAGCAGCUGGGAGAUGACAAAGCCACCAUUCCUGUGACGGAUGCUGAGUUCAGCCAAGCUGUCAACCCGCAGAGUUUCUGCACUGGUGUCUCCUUGCACCACCCAGCCCUCAUCCAGAGCACAGGACCCCUCAUCGACAUGUCUGACAUCCGGCCAGGCACCAAUCCGGUGUCCAGGAAGAACGUCAAGUCAGCCCACAGCACCCGGAAUCGGUACUCAAGCCAGUGGACUCUGACCAAGUGCCAGGCCUCCACGCCUGCCCGCACCCUCACCUCUGACUGGCGCACCGUGGGAUCCCAGCAUGGUGUCACUGUCACUGAGAGUGACAGCUACAGUGCCAGCCUCUCCCAGGACACAGACAAAGGACGGAACAGCAUGGUGUCCACAGAGAGUGCCUCGUCCACGUACGAAGAGCUGGCUCGGGCCUACGAGCACGCCAAGCUGGAAGAGCAGCUUCAGCACGCCAAGUUCGAGAUCACCGAGUGCUUCAUCUCCGACAGCUCCUCCGACCAGAUGACCACAGGCACCAACGAGAACGCGGACAGCAUGACGUCCAUGAGCACGCCCUCAGAGCCCGGCAUUUGCCGCUUUACCGCCUCCCCGCCCAAGCCCCAGGAUGCCGACCGAGGCAAGAACGUGGCUGUGCCCAUCCCGCACCGGGCCAACAAGAGUGACUACUGUAACCUGCCCCUGUAUGCCAAGUCGGAGGCCUUCUUUCGAAAGGCAGAUGGGCGCGAGCCCUGUCCCGUGGUCCCACCCCGAGAGGCUUCCAUCCGGAACCUGGCUCGAACCUACCACACCCAGGCUCGCCACCUGACCUUGGACCCUGCCAGCAAGCCCUUGGGCCUCCCGCACCCAGGGGCCCCUGCUGCCGCCUCCACAGCCACUUUACCUCAGAGGACCCUGGCCAUGCCAGCACCCCCAGCAGGCACGGCCCCCCCAGCUCCCGGCCCCACCCCUGCCGAGCCCCCCGCGGCCCCCAGUGCCGCCCCUCCGGCCCCCAGCACCGAGCCUCCGCGGGCCGGGGGCCCACACACCAAAAUGGGGGGCUCCAGGGACUCACUUCUCGAGAUGAGCACAUCGGGGGUAGGGAGAUCCCAGAAGCAGGGGGCAGGGGCCUACUCGAAAUCCUAUACCCUGGUGUAGGGGCACGGUGAGAAAAGCGGCCCCACGCUCGGACCUGUCUGCACCUCCAGCCCUCACACACCAACUUGGCUGUUUUCCUGCAUUAUUUAUAUUAAACUGACAGACAGAAACCAACCGACAACGAAAAGAAAACCCCCCCGAGUCAUGAACGCUUGUACAUAGAACUCUUUUGUACAAAUGAAACUAUUUUCUUCUUCUCCAUGAAGCCAGGGCACAAAGAAUUUAACAGUACAAAUCAACCCCUCCAACCCCACAAAAUAUGCGUGGAGAGAUCUAUAUACAUAUAUAGGGAGAUGGGAACGUGUCGACAAGCUAUGUAUCUAUAUAUUUCUCUCCCCUUAUUUUGAGACAGAGGCACAAAGACUCAGCAAUUUUUCCCUCCUACUCACUCAACCCUCCUUUCAAUCUAGGCGGUUUUGACAAAGACCAAACUCCCAACUCAGAGACACUGCAUGCGAUUUUACUGUUCCAAGAAAACCAGGACUUGCUUCAAUUUGCAGAUGCUUAUGUGUUAAUACCUUUUUCUAUGAAAAAAAACCCAGCGCCGUGUGCAAUAAAGGUUAUGUUUCUA